UGCCCCAUCAUUGGUGUCAGUGGGGGAGGAAUAGUGCCCCAUCAUUGGUGUCAGUGUGGGGGAGGAAUAGUGCCCCAUCAUUGGUGUCAGUGGGGGAGGAAUAGUGCCCCAUCAUUGGUGUCAGUGGGGAGAAUAGUGCCCCAUCAUUGGUGUCAGUGGGGAGGAGGAAUAGUGCCCCAUCAUUGGUGUCAGUGUGGAGGAGGAAUAGUGCCCCAUCGU